GCCAAAUCCUGCAAGACAGUACGGCGACUGAAACCUCUCAGCUCUGCUCCACCGCCACCGCCUUCACCACCGCCGCCUCUUCCCUCUCGUUGAAGUUCCAGGGAGAAGCAAAGCCACACUUUUAGCUCCUCUAUUGCAUAUCAUAAUCAGGGACGAAGAAUAUAUGACAUGAUGAAUAGGGACAUUAAUGGUGAAGGGAGAAAAUUCAAUAGAGGUGAAGAAGAAGAGGAGGAAGAUGAAGAUGAGGAAAGUGGGAGGGGCCGUGAUGCGUGGGAGAGGACUUAUGCAGAUGAGAGGUCAUGGGAGUCUCUACAAGAGGAUGAAUCUGGCCUUCUUAGGCCUAUAGACAACAAAGCUCUCCACCAUGCUCAAUAUCGCAGACGCCUUCGGACUGCAACUACUGCUGGAAUUCAGAAGGGCCUUAUUCGCUAUCUCUACAUUGUCAUCGAUCUUUCCCGAGCAGCUGGAGAGAUGGAUUAUAAACCAAGCCGGAUGGUUGUGGUGGCACGACAAGUGGAGGCUUUCAUUAGGGAGUUCUUUGAUCAGAAUCCUUUGAGCCAAAUUGGCUUGGUAACAUUAAAAGAUGGGGUGGCACAAUGCUUGACUGAUCUUGGUGGCAGUCCUGAGUCUCAUAUCAAAGCUUUGAUGGGUAAGUUGGAGUGCUCGGGUGACUCUUCUCUCCAGAAUGGGCUUGAUCUUGUGCAUGACCUUCUAAACCAAAUCCCAUCAUAUGGUCAUCGCGAAGUUCUUAUUUUGUAUUCGGCUCUUAGUACUUGUGAUCCAGGGGAUAUUAUGGAAACCAUCCAGAAAUGCAAAAGUGCCAAGAUAAGGUGCUCAAUCAUUGGUCUAUCAGCUGAACUGUAUAUAUGCAAAUACCUAUGUCAAGAAACUGGUGGAUUGUACUCAGUUGCAUUGGAUGAGCCACACUUGAAAGAGUUAGUAUUGGAACAUGCACCACCACCUCCGGCAAUAGCUGAAUUUGCAAUUGCCAAUCUAAUCAAGAUGGGUUUUCCCCAGAGGGCUGCAGAAGGUGUCAUCUCAAUCUGUUCAUGUCAUAAAGAGGCUAAGUUUGGUGGAGGCUACACUUGUCCAAGAUGCAAAGCCCGUGUAUGUGAGCUGCCUACUGAGUGUCGUAUAUGUGGGCUGACUCUUGUUUCAUCUCCACAUUUGGCAAGGUCAUACCAUCACUUAUUUCCUAUAACACCUUUUGAUGAUGUGUCGCCAUCAAUUACAAACAUUUCACAUAAGCUGCCAAAGAGUUGUUUUGGUUGCCAGCAAAGUCUACUAAAUCCUGGUAAUCUGCCAGGGCCUUGGGUUGCUUGUCCCAAAUGCAAACAACACUUCUGCCUUGAUUGCGAUAUCUACAUUCACGAGAGCUUGCACAAUUGUCCUGGUUGUGAGAGCUUCAAGCAGUCUAAUUCAGUCACCAACAUGGAAGUAUGAUAUUUGUUGAUGUUGACCAUCUCCAUUUUUCCUUCCUUUACUUAUUGGUGCACAUCAUUUAGUCACAGAAGUAGGAAGUUUUGGCUCCAUUGACAUAUAACAUCUUGGCACAAAACAUAGUUUACAGUGUAACAGUGUGUUAUUUUGAAAGUAGUGUUAACGCACAGACAGAGUGGUUCAAAACCAUUUUUUUUUUUUGAGAAUUUUGAUACUGAGAAAAGGUUGAAUAAUACUAGUUCGAGUUCAACCCUUAAAAAUUUGACCAA